CCUCGGACAACAUUUUCACUAAGGAAAAAGUUGUUUCAAAUCACCUCCCGAACCACCCCUUUCAAGGGGUUACAACACUUUUGGAACACCCUGCAUUAUAAAAGUGAUGUAACGAAACGUAUACAAGGCGUAAUGUAACUUGAUGUAACUUAGCAGUGAAUGGAACUUUAUGUAACAUUGACAUAUUUUGACAUCUACGAUCUAUCGACAAAUUGUGUUGAAUGUGAAUAUUUUGUCAUAGUUUGUGACCAAAACAACGUUUAUCUUCGAUACUUGCUUUUAAGUUUCAAGCAUGAAAGUUUAUUCUUUCUUGUUUUGUUCCUACUUUCUUUCAUGAAAAACAAUGUUUUACAAGGUUUACGGUUAUGCGUUGUGUGCUUUUAUCAUCUUAACAUGUAAAGUUGAACAGGAUGUAGUUAAUGCACAAGUCAAACAAUAUCGAUCGCAUAGGAGAAACUGGUGGGUAGUUACAUUCUCCUAUGAAAGAAAUACGCGUGAUAAAAAUGUUGAAGAAUAAAGCCUACUGGAAAUUUGAAUGUUCAUUUUUAUGUUAAAUCUUCUCCCCUGUGCAUAGUGUUAACUUAUUCUAACUUUUUAAAGAUUAAAUGAUGAAUAACAAUUUAAAUUAAUUAUGUGACAAUACGGAUACAGAAUUGAGUUGAAAGAGGGAAGGGUGUUGAAAUUCGUAUAAACUAUCUGAUAAUAUACACAGAUGUAUUAUUAUACUUCAAAAACGUUACGUGUUGUGGAUAUAUUGAAGAUCUUUUGUACCGUUUGAAUUGAUUGAUAUUAAACUUAUUAUCAACAAAGUAAUGGGCUAAAAAUGAAGCUUUAUAAGUUGAUAGUACAUCAAAAAACCUUUAGCGAGGAAGAUUUAAUAAUUAAUCCAAAAGAUCAUCCAGGUAUAAAAACUGGAGAUGUUGUUGAAAUCUAUCAUCCAGAAGUUGAAUUCAGUCGUCUGUUGUUACAAGUCACAUCUUUUAAAGAUGAUUUACAAGGACGGGAGACAAUCAGUGUGGAAAAUAAUGUAGCAACAAUGUUUCAACUAAGAACAUUUGGGGACGUUUACAUGAAUGUUGUAAAUCCAGACGAUGUUGCUUUAAAUUCUGUUGAACUUACUUUUAAAGAUCAGUAUUUAGGGCGUAGUGAAAUGUGGCGCCUAAAAAACAGCUUGGUUAACACUUGUGUAUAUAUGAAUAAGAAAAUUGAGUUCUGUGGUGGUAGCAUAAGGUGUCAAGUGUAUGAAAUGUGGUCGCAAGGUGAUCGUGUUGCUUGUGGUGUUAUAAAUAAUGAUACUAAGGUUGUAUUUCGUUCUUCAACAAGUAUGGUAUACCUUUUCAUUCAAAUGAGUUCAGAAAUGUGGGACUUUGACAUUCAUGGAGACUUGUAUUUUGAAAAAGCAGUGAAUGGGUUUUUAGCUGAUUUAUUUCAAAAAUGGAAGAAAAAUAGCAGCAAUCAUGAAGUGACGAUAGUUCUAUUUUCAAGAACAUUUUAUAAUGCUACUAGUUUGGAAGAAUUCCCAAAUCAUAUGCGUGAAUGCUUACAACAUGAUUAUAGGGGAAGAUUCUAUGAAGAUUUCUAUAGAGUAGUAGUACAAAAUGAAAGAUUUGAAGAUUGGAGUAAUGUAUUAGUACAAUUACGUAAACUAUUUACAGAUUAUCAAAAGAUUGUGUUAGAAUAUCAUCAAAAGCCAGGUGUUACUAUACCAAAAGCAAUGAAUUCAACAGCAGCACAAGGCAAUUUUUUAGAAGUCUUAAACAUGUCUUUAAAUGUGUUUGAGAAACAUUACUUAGAUCGUAGUUUUGAAAGAACUGGUCAAUUAUCUGUAGUGAUUACACCUGGUGUCGGUGUUUUUGAAGUCGAUAGAGAGUUAACAAAUGUUACAAAACAAAGAAUUAUUGAUAAUGGAGUUGGUAGUGAUUUAGUGUGCGUUGGAGAACAACCAUUACAUGCAGUUCCUUUAUUAAAGUUUCAUAAUAAAGAUACAUCAAUUAAUGCACCAGAUGACUAUAGUAUGCCACACUGGAUUAAUCUCAGCUUUUAUUCAACAAAUAAAAAAAUUCCUUAUUCGACAUUUAUACCUCGUAUAAAACUUCCACAAAGGGUAUCAAAACAACCAAUAGAAAAUGGAAAAUUACAGUGUAAAAAUAAGCUUUUACAGGAAGAUCCAAGAGAAUGUUUACAUAAUACUUUAUUUGACUAUGAUGCAUAUGAUGCGCAAGUUUUUCAAUUACCUUCAGUUCAUACUUCAAGUAGUCUGCAACGAGGUACAACAAGAACUAAAAAAACAAGUGUUGCAAGCAUGGAAACACAUAAUAAUGCACAAAUACUGAAACUUCUAAAAAGAAAAAUGUCAGAUCCUGAUAUUCAUCAUCCACCACCUGACAUACAUUCACCCCCAGCAGCUACAACAAGAAGUGCAGCAAUCUCGAUACCGCAUAGAAUGGAUGAUGUUGCUAGUAGCGAAUCUAAUGGAGAAGUUAAUGAAUCAAGAAUAUCAGUGAAAAGCGAUUUAACAGAUUCUGAGAUAUCACCACCAUUUAGACCAGUCGUUGGUAGCGCUGGAAGUCCAACAAAUACAAUAUCACAACCAACAAAUAUCAUUAGACCUAGCAGGGCACUGAUUAACCCUUUUGAUCCAUCUCAUGUUACAAUUAAGCUUACCAGCAACAGACGAAGAUGGACACACAUUUUUCCUAAAGGACCAACAGGUGUGCUUAUACAGCAACAUCAUUAUCAAGCAGUGCCAACACAGAUGUGUUCACAAUCACAGUCUGAUACUAUUUCUACUAUAAGCGGAUCCCCUAUGGAACAUAAUGAAAUUUCAAACUCAAGUCAAUUUCACGAUCAUACUAAACAUAAAUGGCAAAGACUAAAUCUGUCGCUAUCGAGUGGUGAUAAAAGUGGAAAUCCGGUAUCAUCUACAGGAAAUAAGUCUUUGACAUUGUUAUGGGGUGCCACUGGUGAACAAGAGUGGACACCAGCACUCACGACAGCAAUCAUAGGUGUUGAUUGGAAGUCAUUGACAAUCCCAGCAUGUUUGCCCAUUACUACAGAUUAUUUCCCAGACAAAAGAAGUUUGCAAAACGAUUAUGUUGUAUCAGAUUACAAUCUUCUACCAGAUGACGUUAACGCAGAUUUCGCUCAACAACGAGCGAUAUAUAAGAAACCUUUAACAACUGUGGAAGUUUUCAAAGAGUUAGUGUCGCAGCGACUAGCGCAAGGUUUCCAAUUAAUUAUCUUACCUACAACUAACAAGACUCAAAGCAAUACCCCCGGUAGUAAUGCUGUCCCAACAAUAAGUUCUGUAAUGCGUGGUCGGCAGACAGAAUCGGAACCUAAAGAAUAUUUAUUAAGUAUUGGUAGAAUUUUUCACAAGAUAUCUCUGUUUGAUAACUGUAUAACAGUUACAAGGUAUCGACCAAGGCAUCCUUAUCCUCCAUUCAACAUUCAUUACCUCUAUCGAUUUCAUGCACCACAUCAUGAUACAUAUGAAGUGUCGUGGGUAUCUUUUACAACAGAAAAACUUGAAAAUUACAAUUGGAAUUAUUUAGACCAUUAUAUUUGUACAAGGGGUCACACUGAUUUUGCGUUGGUAGAGGCUCUCAAAUACUGGAGAUUUCGUGUAUUCUUACUACCUUUACACAAUUCUGCAAGUCGAAAAUUUUCAGAAGGAUCAACAAGAUGUGACAUAUAUACACCUCUAACCGCAACUGAGCAAGUUUCCCUCAUGGAUGGAUUUUUGCGAUUCAUCGAGCUGUGGCCAAAUAAAAUACGACGUCCGAACCCCAACAAAAAUUGGAACCCUUCAACUCUAGGUGGUGUUCCCCCGAGAGAUCCCGCCUCUCACUUGACCAGACGCAGGCACAGCACGAGCCUGAUAGUCCUCACUAACCAGACCAGUCUAAUUGGCAGCUCUCCCUUCAGAGAGCGACUUGGAAGCAAUCGUCUACCAGAGAAACCAAGACCAAGGUCAGGUUCCAAAGUUAUGGAUAGAGGUCGAGUUUCACCAGCUAGCGAAGCUGUGUUACCCCUUUCGCUUGAGCAACAGCAAGAUCAAUUUGAUUCUAACGAGGAUAGUACAAAUAUGGAGUUAACAAAGAUAAAAAGUACCACACCAAAUAAUGAAAUUCUAGAAGCAAUGAAACAGCCACAAAGUGGUGUAGGAUUCCUUACACAACAUCCAUCUCUACCAAGUCAAACAUUCGUUAGCGCUGACGCAGUGCAGUGGUUAAACAAUCAUAUCGAAGGAGGAGUAACAGUGGAAGGUGCUAUUAACAUUAUGAAUGGCAUGAUACAAGACAAAUUAAUAUGCCAUGCUUCCAGUGACUUUUCCAAACCAUUUAUUCUAGGAUUUUAUUUAUACCAUGUAGUACAGGAUAAAGAAAAUCAAAGAGAUUAUUUUUCACCCACGGGUGACUUGCAAAGUUUUGAGAACGAAUGGGUAGAGGUGGAAAUAAAAGCACCGAAGGGUUGGUGUGAGCCCACUUCGCCAGGAAUUUUUCCAACGAUAUCUACUCCAAUAACUAUACCUAGUUGUGAUGCUAUCGAUGAAUCAAAUGUACCGUCAUUUCUUAAAGAUGAUUUAGACUUAAUAGACUCCGUAGACGAUAAAGAUUGGCGCGUUCCACCAUACAAACAUACUUAUUUAGAUAGUGAUAUAAAUAAUAGAAGCGACAGAAUCGAAUGGGGACAUUUAAGGUAUCAAUCCAUAUAUAAAGUGGACCAUUCUUACGAACUUGUAGUGCAAUGGGUAGCAUCUUCUGGCAGCAUAGUUGCUGAUCUUAUAUUUGUAUGGCAACGUAAGGCUCAAAUGUGUGGGAUUCAGAUGGUUCCUAUUCCCAGUGAUUUAUUGGCGCUACCAUUCACUUUGAAAAGUGAUCCUUUAAGGGGGCCUAUUUUUAUACCACUAAAUACAGAGUGUCUUAUGACAAAUAAACAACAUCUUUUUGAAGAAUUUCAAGAAGAAAGCUAUAUACAACGAUUAUUUCUCUUUCAAGAAGCAAUUGUACAAAGGUUUGGCUUUGUCCCAUGUUUAGUAGAAAGUACCGAAAAUGAUCACCAGUAUGUGCAUGUGACUGGCAAUGCAUUUAUACUUAUUCCUUCUACAACAAAUACAAAGUUGCGUCCCCGAAUGGCUACUAAUAUUGUAAGACGAAAUACGGGACAAAAAGGAUAUCCAGUUCACCCCGAUCAGCCUAGUCCACAUGAAGCUUAUAUUACGAGACAUGUUAGUGGGAAAAACAAAAAUGAUUACAGUAUAGACAGAAGGAUUGGAUUUCUUUGGUCAUGGAAUCAUAUGCUUAGUCGAAAAUGGAAAUCGUCAUCUACAUUGACCGGUGAUGAAUUAUUUCAAAAAAAGCUCAUUCAAGAUUUUAGGCAUUUUUGUUCAAAUGGAGAUAAUAGACUGAGACAAUUCUGGGAAUGUUGUUGGGAUGUAAAAGAAAAGUCAUGUACACGGACAACUUAAUGUGUCAAUGUAACACAGGUAUUGCUUUAUAAGUUUAUAUUUGAAUUACAUCAAUAACGGGAUUUAUUUUCGCCAUAAUUAAACGUGUACCUCUUCUAAAUUGUUAGAGAACCAUUUAAAAUGUAACAUGUACCUGUGAUACAAUUAUUAUUAUGAUAAAAAGAAAAUGUACAAAUGAACCUAAAAGCAAUGUUUGUGAUAUACAUUUACGAGUUUACUUAGUUCGCAUAAGGCGCAUGUUGUUUUUACGAAAAUAGUAAUAAUAAAUUUAUAAUUUUUGUUACUUA